GGCAGAAGCCGGAAGCCGUGUUUGGUGGCGCUCGCCAUGGCUGAGGCGGCUGCUGUCUCUGCGGAAUCCCUGGCCAGUGGCAGGGCGCGGGCGGCGCGCACUGUUCUGGAUCAGGUGGUGCUCCCGGGUGAGGAGCUGCUGCUACCGGAGCAGGAGGACGCGGAAGGCCCCGGAGGUGCCGGGGAGCGGCCGCUGCGCCUGAAUGCCGGGACCCGCUCCCGGGUGCGCGUGGUGUGCGGUCCCGGCUUGCGGCGCUGUGGCGACCGCCUGCUGGUCACCAAAUGCGGCCGCCUCCGUCACAAGGAGCCCAGCGGCGGUGGCAGCGGUGGCGUUUACUGGGUGGAUUCGCAGCAGAAGCGGUAUGUCCCAGUGAAAGGAGACCAUGUGAUUGGCAUAGUUACAGCUAAAUCUGGAGAUAUUUUCAAAGUUGAUGUUGGAGGGAGUGAGCCAGCUUCUUUGUCUUACUUGGCAUUUGAAGGUGCAACUAAAAGAAACAGACCAAAUGUACAGGUUGGCGAUCUCAUCUAUGGCCAGUUUGUGGUUGCUAAUAAAGAUAUGGAACCAGAGAUGGUCUGUAUUGACAGCUGUGGACGAGCCAAUGGAAUGGGUGUGAUUGGACAGGAUGGUCUGCUUUUUAAAGUGACUUUAGGCUUAAUUAGAAAGCUACUAGCACCAGACUGUGAAAUCCUACAGGAGGUAGGAAAACUCUAUCCACUGGAGAUUGUUUUUGGAAUGAAUGGAAGAAUAUGGGUAAAAGCAAAAACCAUUCAGCAGACUUUAAUUUUGGCAAACAUUUUAGAAGCUUGUGAACACAUGACAGCAGAUCAAAGAAAACAGAUCUUUUCCAGAUUGGCAGAAAGUUGAUCUAAGUGGGCUUUUUGAAUCAAGAAACUGUGGGUUUCCUGGGGAAAUUUUUUUUCAGGUGUACCUCUCCCUAUUAAAUCUGCUGAAGACAAGACUCCUAAAAUUUUUAUUAAAAAGUACUGGUUGCCACCCAUUUUUUUGUGGGUGAGUAAAACAAUUUUUUUUUUUUUGUUUUUUACAAUAAAGUUUACUAAAGUUAGUAUUCAUGGUUUAUUUGAUGUUAACUUCCUUAGUUUUGCUAGAGGAUAGCUGUUAUGAUAAACUGGAAGUGAGCAUUAAAAUAACAUUUUUUGAUAAUAGUAAAACAUGUUCACGAAGGCAAAUGUAGAACACAUAAAAAGCACAAAAAGGCAAACAAAACCUGCCUAUAAUCCCAUUAUUUAGUGGGUAGCAGCUAACCAUUAUAGUAGAUUUGCUGUGUACUAAAUAUUGUUCCAAGUUUUUUGCAUAGAUGAGUUCACUUAUUCUUACUAACUUUGCGAAAGACAACUAUCUUUCUGUUGAACUAGGCAGACCUUAACUUGGCCUCAUUCUCAGCCACUUUGUGGUAAUGUAUGUUUUCCAAAUUGGAAAUAGAAGGUUAUAUCUUAUAUGCUAUUUGUCUGUUUCAAACAACAUUCAAUACAUCAAUUUUAUGAUCUUUAACUGAAAAUUCAGUAGUUGUAUUUUAUUUUCAUCUUACAGGACAUGUCCAGUUUUUUGGAUUAGGUCCAGUUUUUGUUGUUGCUUUAUAAACAAUACUAUGAUCUAUAAAAUAAGUUGGAUAUCCAAGUCCAGUCAAAUCUUAAAUUUGCUAAGAUCAUUUCCUAAUAGCCAAACAAAAAACUUACCCUACCUAGGUUUUGAAAAAUUGGUUGAGAUUUGACAGAGUUGGAAAGGAUAUUCUUCCAUGCUAUUUGCUAUUUUAAACAAAGACUUUAGAAGUCAAAAUGAAGCCUGGCAAGUGAUGUGGGUUAGUGGUUCUAGGUUCAGAGACCUUCCUGAGACUAUGAAAGUUGCAGACCCCUGAAACCAUCCAUAGAGGGUCUUUUUUGAAUGGCAGGUUUAUCAACAGUAGAUAUGAUGUUAAAGGCCAAGGCGCAUUACAUAGUCCUAAAAGAGAUGUUUCCUGAAGAUGGAGCUGUUCUUAAAUAAUAAAAAGAGAAAAAUUUAUCAAGUGAUCACAGGGAUUAAAUUGUGAUUAAUUUGUGAGGAAUUAAAUUGUGACAGGGAGGGAACAGAGCAGAGACAUAAACUUUUGGGAUUUUUUUUUUUUUUUGAGAUACAGAAUGUUUUCUGAAUUUGCUAGCAGCUUAGCUAUAAAGUUUACUAACCAAACUAGCCUAAGUAAUUGAAGCAACUUUAACUAGGACAUAAGCAAAGAGGGAUCACUGAGAUUUGUGUAGUAAGGUUAUCUAAUAUGCUGCCAUUAGAGGCAAUGUAUUUUCCAGCCACUUUCAAAUUAAAACUUAAUGCUGUAUAUCUGCUUUUCAAUUUGACCGGUUCAUCACAAAUAUUUGUGAAGAAUAUAUGAGGUUCAGAUGGAUAUAAAGAUACUCUCACAGAUGGUCCCAUUAGGGGGCUACCAUUAGAAAAAAAGAAGCGCUACACCUUCUUAGAACAAGGGAGAACAGGGCAGGAGCCACAGGCCGCAAAAAAGUACUAUGGGGCUUAAAACAGGGCUAGGGUUUGUACAGCAUAUUACUGAGUUGGAGAAGUCAGCAUGAUCAGAGGAGAUUGGAGAAAGUUGUACAACUAUGAUGUCAGUUUAGUAUGAAAUAAACUCAAUAUAAUGAUUAUAUAAAGAGAAGGUUUUCCACAAAUACAUAUAUAAAAGAUGAAUCAACACAUCCAAAGCCAUGUCAUUUUAGGGCUAAUUCCUUGUUAUGUAAACUUUUUCUUAGUCAACAUUUAUCUCGGCACUUCCUGUGAGCCAGGCACUAUGGGAAAUACAAUAGGGCAUAAAAUGUGGUCCCUGUUAUUAGUAACUUAUUUCUAUUGAAGAGCCAAGAUGUCAAAUAAAGGCACAUGUGUGCCAUUGCUACCCUCUGCUCUGUUUCUUGGUCAAGGCCCCUACAGCAACUUCGCCACCUGCACUUGCAAUCUUUGGCUGUCCAUCAUUCCACUGAGUUCCGAAGAACAUAGCCUUUUCUGCAAGAAACCCCCUUCUUCAAUGCUUCAGGCCAGUUUUGAGUCUCAAAGUAAGUAGACAGGAUAUCAAACACUGUUAAAAGGGUAAACAGAAAACACAGUGACCACACAGGGAAAAAGGAACUAGUAAAUGACUAGUGAAAAAUGGGUAUUCUGGAAUAUUUCAUUCAACAAACCUAUUCUGUACCAUACACAGUACUACCAGAUCCUGGGUAGACAAAAGGCAAGAUACAGGCCUUGCUGGUCCACAGAAAAGCAGCCUACACCAAGAGAGGGGCUUGUGAAUGGAUACACAUUCACAAGUACAGAGGGAAGACAAAGGAAGGACCCUGACAUAGCCUGGGACGGGAACGGGUGAGAAUCCAGGAAGUUGUUGAAACAUUUAAAAAUUACAAAGAAAAAUAAAGAAAACCAGAAAGGUGGGGAACGAGAAAAAAUAAAUUAACAAAAGCAAAUAAAAAGUAAAACAAACAACAUGCCCCUAAACUGAAUCCUAAAGGACAAGGAGGAAUUCAUGGGUUAAUGGUGGGUUAAAGGCAGGGCAUUCUAGCCAGGAGGACAAUUUCAACUAUAUCAGAGAAACAAGAAGAAAAUGCAAAACGCCUCUAACUGAUCAGAAUACAUGACAGAAGAGCAUGCAAUAAAGCCCAAGCAAGCAGUCAGAGACCUCUUCAAGGGCCAUUUAUAUGUAGAUAAAAUGCAAAGACAUGGCAUUAGAACAAACAUGCUGGGUGUGGGCCAUGUCAACAGUACCUUGAUUGAUGGCCAGUAUCUCUGAAUGAUAAUUUUUUCCGUUCUGACGUCUGACCAUGUAUUCCUGGAUUGGCAAGCGGGCUGUCUUGACAGAGUGUUCUAGGGCCUUUUGAAACGUCACCUUCUGUAAAUCACAGUUAAGAAUUUUUCUUAUAAAAUUAAUGUGCAAAUAAACUUAUAUGAACAGCAAAUUGUGAGAAUUCCCAUUUACUGUAGCACCACUCCUAUUUCCAUUUGUAAUCUAGUUAAAUGAUAAAUGCACUGAAACUAAAUAGGCUAUGGGAGAAUGGAAGAAACGGCAGAUAAGAGCAUUUACUUGUUUCAAGUAAGAAGGAAUUUAUGUAUCAAUACUUCACUUAUUUGGUGGUCAUUUAUCUACUAGCCUCGACUUACUACUUCUUAAAACCAAGAAGAAUGCAUAUGAAAAGAGGUAUGUCUACAGCUGCAAUCUGCAUCCAAAAGUCCAAGUAGUUUAAUCAGUCGAGGAGAAUAUUCUGGCCCUAAUUCAGCGAGACCCAAUUCUGGAUAUCUGGAGUUUUCAGCGCAUGUGGCAGCAGCAAACCAGAGAUAAGGAUGACAGGAUUCAAGUCAGGCACCCCAUUUGCAACAAGGGAGCAUUAAGGUGUGAGAAUGCACAGCCCGAUUAAAGGGAAGGGCACUAAAAACUGCAAAUAGAAGGCACAAGGACUCAGCAACUCAUGACCUUUGGCCAUUUAUGUCAGAGUUCAUAACUGACGUCCCUUUAAAGCUAUCCCUGAGUCAUAAACUGAAGUUUAAACUGUAUUUGCUAGGUUGUAAGACACUCUGGAAAUUUUUUUUUUUAUCUAUUUGUGAUUUUAAGACUAAGAAGGGUUUAGAUUCCCAGGAUACUUAAGACUGGGUUUGAAAAGAACGUCAAUAGUUAGCUAUCCCAGCCUGCCCACCUAAUGUUUGUCUUUCUUCUGCCACUCUCUCCCAAGUAACCACCUGGCUUCUGAUGAACAAUUCUUGUGAUAGGGAGUUUAUGCCUCCUGGGGAAACCCACUCCAAGUAUCAGUUAAUAGGAAAUUCUUCCUAAUAUUGCAAAUUUUGUUUUUCUUGAAAGUUCCACUCAUUUGUCCUAGUUCUGCUCCCCUAAGGCCAAACCCAGAGAGUUAGAUGGCCAUUCAGACAUUUGAAGGCAGUAAUUGUGUCCCCAUGAAUCCUCUCAUCUCCAGACUGGUAGUCUCAAUACUCUCAACUCUUCCUUGACUAUGGACUUAGUUUUGAGUGUAGGCUAAUCAACAGGAACAGCAUGGAGCAACCCUAACACUUUCUGUGUUCUGACACUGAGCUAUGUGGUCCAUCAGAUUCACAUGAAACACAUUUCCAAGAGAGAACUUCCAAGAAUAUUUUAAGUGAUGCAACUCACAUGGGAUGAGGGUACAGCUGCUCACAAACCCAUCCAUGAAGGGUAAC